GAGGCUGUUCUCAUGCCAGUAAAGAAGUUCCACGACCAGUUAGAAAAACAUGUCUGAACCAAAUCAACUUCAGCUUCAAGUCGAAGGGCUUGGUAAUUUAAUGCAGACACUAAAAGAACAUGAAGGAAAGAGGAGAAUAAUUAUGUUUAUCGGCGCAAUGAAUGAGAAUGGCGAGAGCUGGUGCCCUGAUUGUCGCGACGCUGAGCCAGUUGUAGAAGCUGCUUUGAAAAAGGCCCCAUCCGACAUUGUCUUCAUCCUGUCUAUUGUUGGUGACAAGCCAGAGUGGAAAUCGCCUGAUAACGAAUUCAGAACAAAUCCUGAAUUCAAACUGAAAGAAAUUCCAACAAUCGUGGAUUAUGGCACGGAUAAAAGACUUGGUUGUGAAGAUUGCAAAAACUCAGAGAUAGUGGACAAAUUCUUUACAGAAUGACAAAAAAAAUGUCUUUGUACUUCACUCAAAGCUGUCACACCAUGAAUUACUCUAUGCAGUGUGCCCUUUGACUCUGUUUGUGUCUGGUAAUUAGUUGUGAAAUGUGCCAUGCUCUUAUAACAAGUCACACUCAGAUUUCUUCAACUUUAAUUUUGCUUGACUUAAAUGCGUAGUCAAAAAAAUAAUUUAAUUCAUUUAUAACAAUUAAUAUAAAAGGUAUAGGUCUUGCAAGUUUAAGAGAUAGGAACAAAUGUGACUUAUUCUUCAGUAAUAAAAAAAUAGUUUUCAUUCAUUGAAACAUUUUUUUAUCAAUUUUAAACAUAACUUAUGUAUAAGAAGACUUUGCCUCUAAUUUGCUGUGAAUAUGGACCCUUUCUCUUCCAGCAGUGACCAAGAAGUCAUUUCUCCCAAGAAUACCAAUAGAUAAUAAAUGAGAUAGGUGGUGAGAAUAUAGAAAAAUAUCAACUACAGUGAGGAGAAUUACUAUCUUGGUAGUUGAAAGGUUAAAACAGUGGAUGAUUCCCAGAGGUAGAAAAAAAUUGAAUGUAUUUUUACUUAAAUUGCCUGUCACAUUUUGCAGCUAAUGAUAAAAAGAGAUUAUUUUGAGUAUGGUUGUCUUUAAAUUACAGUGUUUGUUAAACUUACCAUCUUAAUAUGUUAAAAACAAAGAAUAGAUAGGGAUAAUUACAAAUUUUAGAUUUAUUUUUCUUGUUUUGAUUUUAUUUUUGGUAAUAUUAGAGGCUCUAUGGUUUUCAACCACAUGUGCCAUGAAUGUUUCACCUAAAAGCAGUUGACAACAGUUAAUAAAUCUUUGGAGAGAUGUAACUACA